AUGUCAACAAACGAAGUAGUAGAUAAAUCUACCUUGGAACAACUCAAAGUUAACCUGGAAACUGCUAAACCAGUGAAAGAAGAGAAACCUGCCGCCAGUGCUGAAACCAAAAAAUCUUCUAAUGACGAUGAUUUGGAUGAUUUGGACGAUUUGUUGGAUGAUUUUGCUGAUGAUGUUUUAAGCAAGCCACCUGGUGCCUCGGUAUCGCAACGAGACGAUCAAUCGGUCAAACAUGAAUCAGAUAAGGCAAAAGAUCCUACUGAUCCCCUUGGUAACGACUUUCAAAAAUCCAUAAAUGAGUUGAUCAGUGAUUUGAAAAUUGAAGACCCAGACACCCAAAAGCAAUUUGAAGAUUUGGUAAAACAAUUUGAAACCAACCACAGAGAAUCGGUUGAAGCGGAAGAGAAAAAGCCUGCCAAUUUUGAAUACGUUAUGAAAGAAACAAUGGAAAGAUUGAAAAAACUGGGUGACGACAUUGAUGUCAAGUUUAAAAAUGACCCAUUAGGGUCCAACCCAGAAGAUCUCUUGACCCAAUUGUUAAGUGGAAUGGGUGAUGCUGGUGACGGUGAUUUCGAUAUGAGCAAACUAUUGGUGGACAUGUUAGAGCAAUUGAGCUCAAAAGAAGUAUUAUACGAACCGAUCAAAGAUUUGAAUACAAAGUUUCCUGAGUAUUUGCAACAAAACAAAGACAAACUUGACGAAGCCAAAUACAAGAACUACACUCAGCAAUACGAAAUAACCAACGAUAUCGUCAGAAUAUUCGAGCUGGAAUCAUACAGUGAAGAAAAUAAACGCCAAAGAGAACAAGUGAAUUCGUUAUUGGAAUCUUUACAGGAAUUGGGUCAACCACCAAGCGAACUUGUUGGCGAAACAGGCGAUUUCCUCCCCGGCUUUGGUGGAGGUGCAGGUAAGGGUGGCGAUAAUCCAUUCGGGUUUGAUGAAAAAGACCUACCACCUGAAUUCGGAAAGGACUUACAAGAAGGUUGUAAACAACAAUGA